AGUGGGCGUGGCUAAGAGCGGAAGAGGGCUUUGAAGCCGCCAUGCGAGACCGGACGCGGGAACUGCUCCAGGAUUACAUCCCCAGCGAUGAGGAAGGAGAGGAGACGGUGGCGUUGGUGGGGCUGAAGGCGGCCAGUGAGGAUGAGACGCUGUUGCAGGCGCGGGCGGUGCGGGAAGCGCUGCGCUGCAUGGAGCACAAGGUGGCGGCGCUGGAGGCCCUGCAGGAGGCGCUGCUGGGAAACGCCCUGCCUGACAACGAGCAGAAGCGCGCCCUGCAGGCUCAGCAGGAGGAGCUGCAGCAGCUGGCCAACCAGACGCGCUGCCGCCUGCAAGCUCUGGAGCCUCGGCCGGAGGAGCUCCAAAACCUGGCCUCCAUCAGCGCCCGCGUGAGGCGCACACAGCACGGCGUCCUCCUGCAGGACUUCCUGGACGUGACGUCGAGGCUCCACGCGGCUCAGAGCCACUACAGGCAGCGCUGCCUGCAGCGAGUGCGGCGCCAUCUGCACAUCACUGGGAACUCGGCGGUGACCGAUGAGGAGUUGGAGGAGAUGCUGGAAAGCGGGCAGAGCGAGGUCUUCGUUUCCAACGUCCUCGGCGCGGCUCGGGCCACGCGGGCGGCGCUGGACGAGGUGACGUCGAGGCACCAGGAGCUGCAGCGCCUCGAGAGGGCGAUGAGGGAACUGCAGGAGCUGUUCGGGGCACUGGGAGCCGCUGUGGAGGAGCAGGGUGGGGCCAUCAAUCGCAUCGAGCUGCAAAUCCUGCAGUCGGGGAUGGCGGUGAACAAAGGGGGGCGGCAGCUCAGGGCGGCGCAGGAGCAGCAGGGCAAGGCCAGGAGGAAACGCCUCAUUAUGGCCGCCUGCCUCGUCCUCACCCUCGUUAUCCUCGUCGCCAUCAUCGCUGCUUCAGUGGCUGCCGGCUGAGCCCCGCCCCCCUCCUCGCUGCUGAUUGGCCGGCGCUGUGCCUUUGGUUCCACCCCUCUUGCUGCUGAUUGGCCUUGGCCGUGCCUUAGCCCCACCCUCUUUCUAUUAGGAGGGCGCAUGUGGUUAGGUUGGGCACUUCCUGUCUCUACUGACGGCACUUCCUGUUGCUGCUGACGUAACUUCCUGUUGCUGCUGACGUCACUUCCGUCACUAAUGACGUCACUUCCUGAGGCUCUUGAAGUGCCUUCCGGUCAAUACUGACAUCGCUCGCCUCUACUGACGUCACUUCCUGUUUUUAUUGUCACUACUGACACCACUUCCUGUCACUGCUGACGUCACUUCCUGCUGCUAUGGAUCUCACUUCUUGUCUGUAAUCGCACCACUUCCUGUCUCUCCUCGUAUCAUUUCCUGUCACAUCACUUCCUGUCACUUCUGACGUCAUUUCCUGUCUGCACUGACUCCACUUCCUGUCAUGACUGGCGUUACUUCCUGUUGCCAAUGACGCCACUUCCUGGCAUUACUGCUGUCAUUUCCUGAUGCCACUGACAUUACUUCCUGGCACUACUGGCGUCACUUCCUGUUGCCAAUGACACCACUUCCUGGCACUACUGAUGUCGCUUCCUGUCUCUACUACCAUCACUUCCUGUCUCUACCGCCAUAUCUUCCUGGCACUAUUGAGGUCACUUCCUGCUGCUAUUGACGCCACUUCCUGUCGCCACCGACGCCACUUCCUGUCGCUGCUGACAUCACUUCCUGCUGCUAUCGACGUCACUUCCUGUCACUACUGACGU